GAUGUAGUUCCGGCCGCGGCCGCGCCGCCAUCUGUCACCUCAGCUCCGGCGCCCGCCGCGCGUCGCCCCAGCCCCGCCGCCUGUCUCCUCGGAGGAGGCUGUUUCCCGGUCCUGCCAUCUGUCUGCCCUGUGUCCUCGUUGCUGGCUUCUCUUCCAACAUGGAUCUGGUCGGAGUGGCAUCUCCUGAGCCGAGGCCCGCAGCAGCCUGGGGACCCAGCAAGAGGAUUCAGAAGUCAGCAGGAGUCAUUGGCCAAGAGAAAGCUGUAUUCUCUGGAUUACAGAGAACGUCAAGAUUCUAGACCUCAAAAUCCUCACCAGGAGACUGCUCAUUUGCACCUGAAGAUCUGAGUGAAUGAAAGUCACAUCAGACCUUGAGAAAGCCUUCCUUGUAUUCCCCACAUCUGGCUUUAUGUGAGGCUGGAAUAAUUCUGCAGUAGACUAGUAUAGUGUCCAUGGGCUACCCCUCAAAACACAAUAUCUUGUUCCUUGGCUGAUGUAAUGAGUGAACAGCUGGCUAAAGAAUUGCAGUUGAAAGAAGAAGCUGCUGCUUUUCCUGAAGUUACUGCCUCUGAAGGACCAUUUAUUACCGGAGAAAACAUUGACACUUCUAGUGACCUAAUGCUGGCUCAGAUGCUACAGAUGGAAUUUGACAGAGAAUAUGACGCACAGCUUAGGCGUGAAGAAAAAAAAUUCAAUGGAGAUAGCAAAGUUUCCAUUUCCUUUGAAAAUUAUCGAAAAGUGCAUCCUUACGAAGACAGUGAUAGCUCUGAGGAUGAGGUUGACUGGCAAGACACUCGUGAUGAUCCCUACAUACCAGCAAAACCAGUUCCUACUCCCAAAAAGGGUUUUAUUGGAAAAGGAAAAGACAUCACCACCAAACAUGAUGAAGUAGUAUGUGGGAGAAAGAAUACAGCCAGAAUGGAAAAUUUUGCACCUGGGUUUCAGGUAGGAGAUGGAAUUGGAAUGGAUUUAAAACUAUCAAACCAUGUUUUUAAUGCUUUAAAACAACAUGCCUACUCAGAAGAACGUCGAAGUGCCCGCCUCCAUGAGAAAAAGGAGCAUUCUACGGCAGAAAAAGCAGUUGAUCCUAAGACACGUUUGCUUAUGUAUAAAAUGGUCAACUCUGGAAUGCUGGAGACAAUCACUGGCUGUAUUAGUACAGGAAAGGAAUCUGUUGUCUUUCAUGCAUAUGGCGGGAGCAUGGAGGACGAAAAGGAAGAUAGUAAAGUUAUACCUACAGAAUGUGCCAUCAAGGUAUUUAAAACAACCCUUAAUGAGUUUAAGAAUCGUGACAAAUAUAUUAAAGAUGAUUUCAGGUUUAAAGAUCGCUUCAGUAAACUAAAUCCACGUAAGAUCAUCCGCAUGUGGGCAGAAAAAGAAAUGCACAAUCUCACAAGAAUGCAGAGAGCUGGAAUUCCUUGUCCAACAGUUGUACUACUCAAGAAACACAUUUUAGUUAUGUCUUUUAUUGGUCAUGAUCAAGUUCCAGCCCCUAAAUUAAAAGAAGUAAAGCUCAGUAGUGAAGAAAUGAAAGAAGCCUACUACCAAACUCUUCAUUUGAUGCAGCAGUUAUAUAACGAAUGUACACUUGUACAUGCUGACCUCAGUGAGUAUAACAUGCUGUGGCAUGCUGGGAAGGUCUGGUUGAUUGACGUCAGUCAGUCUGUGGAACCAACCCAUCCUCAUGGCCUGGAGUUCUUGUUCCGUGACUGUAGGAAUGUUUCACAGUUUUUCCAGAAAGGAGGAGUAAAGGAAGCCCUGGGUGAGCGAGAACUCUUUAAUGCUGUUUCAGGCUUAAACAUUUCAGCAGAUAAUGAAGCUGAUUUCUUAGCUGAGAUAGAAGCUUUGGAGAAAAUGAAUGAAGAUCAUGUUCAGAAGAAUGGAAGGAAAGCUGCUUCAUUUUUGAAAGAUGAUGGAGGUCCACCAGUCCUAUAUGAUGAAUAGCACCAACACCCACUGCUUUCAUUGUUAACACAGGGGUGAUUGUCAGCUGCCAAUGGCAAACGAAGUUAUGGGUGACUUGAAAUACCAAAACAUGAGGAGUGUACAAUGGUGCUUCUGUGCUUUUUUUCCCCUUGUAACUCAUGUGCCAGAUGUGUGGGAUUUGUAGUUCAGCAUUGAGAGAAUAAAAUGUCACUACCUCUCAUCUUAUGAACAGGAUAAUAUAAUUCUUUAACAGCUAUAGGUUAUCUGGCUGAAAUCAACCUGAUUUUACAGGAUUUGUGGUAUAAAAUGUUUUGAUGAGAAUUUUUAAAACUUAGGUAACAUUUCCAAACAUGGGAGGAAAGGACAGGUGUGUUUACAAGGGAGGCUUUUAUUACAACAUAAUUGCUUUUUUCACCUCCCUGCUUUGUGUUACAUCUUUCCUCAAAUAUUUUAUUGGCCUAAAAUUAGCCCUUCUUUUUUUUUUUUUUUUUUCCAGAUUGUGAUCAUGAUUCUGUAGGAAAAUUUCUUCUCUCUAGAGGUGAUAUAAAUGAAAAUUUGGUUUUUAAAUGACUGACGGAAAUAGAAAUUGAUUGGUACAUCAUGAAUAUAAACUGAAUUUUUCUUUUCCAUACUCAUAUUCAAGACAAGGCAUCACAGAUCUCUGAAAAAAAUAUAUAAGAACGUAUUAACUAUUCAAAAUUUUACAUUUAACUUUCAGUUUCUCUACAUUUAGAUGAAGUGGUUAGGAUAAAACUCAUGGUGCAGCUGCUUUGCAUUUAUAAUGAAAAUGUAAAUUAUCUGGAAGCAUGGAACAUAAUUAACCAUGUUUGACAUAUUUUAAUGAAGUCAGUGAAACAAAGUUCAGUUUACUUUUUAUUCAAACUAUGUCCUUACUGAUUUUGAGAGAAAUAGAGCAAGCUAAUUAGAAAUAUUAAAUAAUCAUGUGAUAAAAAGUAUGUAUAAAACAACUUGGGUACCAAAUUAGUAAUUUGAACUACUGGCCUCAAUCUUUAGUACUGGCUGGAUGUCACUUCUUUUUUAUUUUUAUUUUUUUGGAUGUCACUUCUUAAAGCAAGCACUCUAGUGGGAAAGUACAUUGGCUUUGUUAGGGUUGACUUUGUUAAUGACAAUGUAAUCAUUCCUCCUAUUACUGAAGUCAGAUGGACUCUAGAGACCCAGAUUUAUGCUACUAUUAACCCAAACUUUCUGUCUGGUACUGGAAAGUAACAAUCUAAGAAUCAUUUACACUUGAAAGCUUCUUUAACAUUAUUUUAAAAUGCCAAAUAUGUUCUUUCUAGAAAAAUAUUUAUUUUUGUUUCUGUUAUAUAGCUUUUAACUACAUUUCAGAGAAGUGUGAUCUUUGGAUAAAUACUCAUUACAUUUCUGAAAUGUUUACUACUCUGAAACAGGGAUUUAGAUGACUGGUGGUUAUUGGCUUUACAGAAAUUUCAGAGAACUAAUUUUAAAAACCAUGAACCAUUCAAAAAAAAUUUUGUUUUGUUUUCUGACAUACUCUGUUUGACAAAGAGCAGCAAACCAUUGCUGUGUGGCAUUCUUGGAGUGUGCUGUGAACAUGCUUUUUAAAAUAUUAAAUAUGAAGAGAGCAUUUUAGAAUUG